AUGAAGCAAGACAGCGAUAAAUGGUCUCGAACGGUUUUCCGCGUGCGCGGACUACCAAACGAUGUCAAAAUUGCUGAGGAUGUUGCGAGUCUUCUCAGCUCGAGACUGGGUGAUAUCUCAGACGACCGUAUUCGAGUAUACUCGUUAGCUACUACCCUGAAUUCCUGGGAGUCACCGCGCUCUAAGAUGGCGACUGUGAUGUUUCAAACUCUUCCUUCACUUAUCCAAGAGAGCCAUGGGGAAAUGGAGUGGUUUGUCCCAGCUAAUCAAGGUCAGCCUCAUGUUGAUGGUUUGAUGCUGGAUACUCAUUUCAUGGGCAUGACACCAAUGAACGACGUGGAAUCCAGACAUUCGUUCGAUUGCAUUACUAUCUCAGGUCUUGCCAGUCAUCCUUUCGGCUCCUGGCAGCCAAAACGAGGCGACAAGACGUUUAUGUGGAUUCAUGACACGCUCCCAAAGCACCUGCCGGGCGUAAGGUCAAUUAUAUACGGCUAUGACACGAAGCUUGGUGGCAGCCAAUCAUUUCAACUCAUCCCAGACCUCGCCCAGGCUCUCAUCAAUCAACUUCAGACAUAUGGCUGGAACUCAACAUCUGCAAAGCCUGUUGUCUUUCUUGCUCACAGCCUCGGCGGACUUGUACUGAGAGAGGCCAUGGUAAAGCUUAACAGAAGUCCGGACGAAGGGUACACAGCUCUACUCAGCCUCUUCGCGGGAGCUGUAUUUUUUGGUGUCCCAAACCUGGGCAUGGAACAGUCACAUUUUCAAACAAUUGUUGAUGAUAAUCCAAACGAGGCACUGGUCGAUGACAUUGCUCGAGGUUCAAACUAUCUCCGCCGACUCAAUGACUCGUCCUCAAACAGCUCGUUCCAAAGUCGAUUCAAGUGUUUUUGGGCAUAUGAGACCUCGCAGUCUCCCACGAUUCUGAAGAACGCAGAUGGCACAAUAGAUCGGAAUGGGACACCUGCGAUUCUAGUAAGCCGAGAAUCGGCAACAUGCAAAUUCAAUGAAAAAAACCCUUCUAUAACAUUUCCAAUAAAUGAGACCCAUUCCGAUAUGGUGAAGUUUACCAGAGAUUCUCCGGACUACCAUGAUGUGGUAUAUAAGCUACGCGAUAUCUUGUCAUUAUCAGUUACCAGUGGAUACAGCAACCGUCAUGACGCACCAAGCAUACUCGUAGAUCAGUCGAGGCUCAACACCAAUGGAAUGUCAAGUAAAAGCAACAUCAAAACUGAAUUGGACAUUUUCAAACGGACAAUCAGCCUCAGUGAGGCAGAAGAUGCUGAUUUCAAAGCUACAACUUUUACUUCCCUCCAAAAUUCCCUCCGAGUUCUUCAAGAAGAGCAGGAAAGGAACGAAAGUAUGAUGUACAUGAAGAGGCUCGAACCGUUCUUGGUUUCAAUGAAGGCAUUUAUUGAAGUCGCUGAAGUCGCUGAAGUUUUCGUUGAUGUUUCGGAUGUUAAUUCGUAUUUAUGGGGUCCGAUGAAAUAUAUUCUCACUCUUGCCAAGUCAUUUCCUGAGGCAUUUAACUCUGUCCUGGAUGCAUAUCAACGGAUCGGAGAGCAGUUACCUGAUUUUACGAGUUUUCAACAAAUCUUCAAAUCAAAGCUCUAUAUGAGAGAAGUCUUGGUUAUGCUGUACAAAGACAUCCUCAGCUUCCAUAAAGAUACUAUUCGGAUCUUCAAACAACGACACUGGAAGCAGCUGUUCGAAGCCUCGUGGAGAGUCUUUGCACCUGGCAUCAAACAUAUCGAGUCAAAUAUUGGAUGUCACAAACGAUUGAUUGAGAGUGGUGAGUCAUAUACUACGUUUGAGGAAGUCCAAAACGUUCGCCAAGCAGCUGUCCAUGAGUUUGAAAUACGGAUGAGAGACCAAGACAUCCUUCGUCAAGAUAGGGUUCACGCAUGGCUCAGCCAUUUCGGUUGUGAAGCUCAACAAGAACACUAUCGGAACACUAGAUCAGUUUGCAAAAACCCUGGUCGUUGGCUCCUCGAUCACGCUCGGUUCCAGGAGUGGUAUGACCGUGAAGAUUGUUCCGAGCCUUUGCUUUGGUUGAGCGGGAUCCCAGGAGCAGGCAAGACCAUACUCGCAUCAGUAAUUGUGGAUGAAGUACGACGUGUUCCGAAUUCCACUUUCGCAUUCUUCUACUGCAAACACGACGAUGAAAGGCGGAGUUCAUUUAUGGCGGUUGCAAGAUCAAUCUUGGCACAGAUUCUCUCUCAAAACCCUCAGCUUUUACCUUAUUUCCAUGAAAAGGCUUGCAUCGGAGCCGUUCUGUCUUCGCCUGAGAUCGCAGACGAGAUGUUGCACACGGCUCUCAAUAGUUGUGAAAUGGCCUAUCUUAUCAUUGAUGGGCUUGAUGAAUGCAAGGAAGCAGAAAGAAAUAAUAUUUCAAAUCGAUUUCUAGGGAUCAUCGAAGCUCUACCUCCGGCGAACAUGGACUCAAUACGAUGCUUGUUCGUUAGUCAAGAUGAUGGACCAGCUAGAAAGACUCUGGGGCAUCUACCCACCAUCAAAAUCACAACCGAGAACAAAGAAGACCUCAAAGAUUACGCUGCAGUAUGGCACCAGAAACUCGAAGCUAAAUUUGGCCCAUUACGCUCCAACGAAUUCCACAUCGGGAACAUUAUCUCGGCAAGGGCCCAAGGAAUGUUCAUUUUCGCGGAGGUGCUGGCAAAGUAUCUCGAGGGACAAUUAACUCGGGAAGACCUUCGCGAGGAGCUUAACCCAGCAAAGCUCCCAGUGCAGUUGGAUGACGUGUAUGAACGUAUUCUCGACCGCGUCCUUGAAUCGAGAAGUGAUAAGAAUAAGACAGUUAGCAGAGUUCUUGGUUGGAUUGUCUGUGCCAAGAGACCAUUGCGAUGGCGUGAGAUACAAGGAGCUGUAUCCAUUAAAGUGGGGUGUGACAUGGACCAACAGCAGAUCGAUUACGAGAGGAAGCUUGUGGAGUCACCGAAAGAACUGUUUGCAUCCCUCGUCGAGCUGGAAUAUGAUGGGACUGUUCAGCUGAUCCAUGAAACUGCACGCGAAUAUCUGGUUCGGGCCAAAUAUGUCAUACCACACGAGGUAGACUACUCGUUGUCUAUAUUGAGCCUCGCCUACCUUGCUUUCCCCGAGGUUACUGAAGCGAAGGAACGAAGAGACGACGCCAUUUCAGCGGACCUUUUAAACGGCAUCUACGCAUUCUAUGACUAUGCAUCAGCUUGCUGGGCCAUGCAUCUGCAAACCGGAAUUCCGAACCCUGAUGCAGCAGAUAAACUGGAUCUUUUACUCGAGACCGUCGAGCAAUUCAUCCAAUGGCAUUGGUCAGCAACGCCAAAGUCUCUCCCAAUGUCCAAGAAAGUCCAAGAGAAGCUAUCUCUUAUGGCGGCGUCGACAUUUUAUGAGAAGAUCUGCCAAGCUGUCGAAUGGUCUAGGAAGCAGCUGGGCUCGCACUGUCAAAGCCCAAGUCAGGACGAAGCGUUAGACCUAUGGCAGGCCACAGACAAGAUUAGAUCGCUCCUCGAGGGCAUGCGGUCCCCUUCGCUACCGGAGACUGAGAAGCGGAAACUUGAGCAAUUCUACGGCAGCAAUUGGUUCAAAUGCCCCCGCGUCAGUUGCUAUUACUAUCACGAGGGGUUUGAAAGCGCAAGUCAGAAGAAGGAUCAUCUUGACAGGCAUGAUCGUCCAUUCCUCUGCGUCUUCGACGGCUGCCAGGUGAAACUUUUCGGCUGUGCAACGAAAGACGAGCUGAAGAAACAUGUCCUCCACUGGCACGGGAUUGACGAGUUUGAUGGCAAGGAGUACCCACCACCCGCGAAGCCACAGACGCCUAGCACCGCGAAGAGACCAGCGACCUUUCAGUGCCACUUGUGUGAGAAGAAGUACACCGGCCGCUUCAACCUGAAUUCCCAUCUCCGGACGCACGAGGGCGUAAAACCGUUCGCGUGUGGUGUGUGCGGAGAGAGCUUCACACGCAAAAAUGACCGCGACCGUCACGAGAAAGACCAUGGGGAUAAGAAAUACGUCUGUUUUGGGGACCUCAAGGACGGGGCGACGUGGGGAUGCAAGUCUUUUUAUGGCAGAGCAGAUAAAUUAGCGGAUCAUCUCCGGACCAAGACUGGACUGAACUGCAUUCGUCCGCUCUUGCUACAGAAAUUGAAGGAGGGUGGCGAGGGAGCGGAUGGAGCGAAUAUGUUGAGUGAGGAGUUGGGUUCGAAUGUAGAUGCACUAUUAGCUGCUGGGAAGCUGUUGCCUUCCUUUGGCGAGUUUUUAGAGCUCUGUGGGCUGGAUAGAUCUGUGAUCACUUGA